GUGACAAAUUGAAACUAUCGAUAGUUUUGCAGCUCUAUUUCCUCGUGUGGAUAAACAAAAAAAAUUCGGAUGGAUUUCGCUCGAAGAAUAUUAAAUAAAUACGGUUGGAAAGAGGGCGAAGGCUUAGGAAAGCAUAGCGAUGGCAUUGUUAAACCCCUCAAAGCAAGUAUGAAAUUUGAUCACGCUGGUUUGGGUUCAGAUCAAGCGGCUAGUGAUUUCAACAACCACUGGUGGGAGCGCGUCUUCAACGAAGCUGCAACUAAUGUAGAGGUAAAGUCUGAUAAAAAUGGCAUAACCAUGGAUCUGAAAAAUAAAGAUGACAGCGUUGAAAUUUCCACAAAAGGCUACUCGACGAAAAAGUUAAAGAAAGCUAAACAGACCCGUACUAGAAAUGAUUCAAGAUAUGAUAACUUCCUUCAGUCUGCAACCCUUACCAAAUCUGGCGAUGAAAUCGAGAAUCCAAACAAAAUUGCCAUUACCGACAUAUCUGUAACGCAAUACAAAACUUUAACAGAUGAAGAGCUAUUUCGUGCUUGUGGCGGACGAACCGCGCACAAAGGAGCUCGACAUGGCUUGAAAUUAAGUGGAAAGUUAUCACGUAUUGAGCAACAGGAACAAGAGCUUUUGGCAAAAAUGCAAGAAAAAUUACGCAAUACCGCCGAACAACUUGCUAAGAAAGUUGAUGGCAAAGUAAAACGCAAAAAAGGUAAAAUGGAUCAAGACUUGGAUGAUAGCAUAUCCCAAAGAGCCGAUAACACAGAUGAUGAAAAUCCAAAGCAUCGCAAUGAAAACAAAUUCGAAGUACACCGAAAUACUCCAGAAGAUACUUCGAAGCGAAACAAAACGUAUAAAAAUAGGGCUUGUCAGAAAAUCUCAACUUCUGCGGACACUAAUGUCAUUUCCGAGAUUGAUUCUGUUAAGAAAAUUAAACGUAAAGUAGAUACACUUUUUGAUCAAACGGACGCUAACGUAAUGCCAGAAGGUGUCUCUGUUAAAAAGAAAAGUAAACGUAAUAAAGAUACCAUUAUUUACCAAACACGUGUUAAUGGAAUCUCAGAGGUUGAUUCCAAUAAAGAAACCAGGAAAAAAAGAAUAGGUAACGAGGAAGAUUGCGACACAAAUGCAAAAAAGAGCAAGAAAAAAAUCACAAAACCUAAGGAAAUAUACCAUUUAUAGUUAAAUUAAAUUUUAUAAACACAUCACACGUUUAGUAGUAUAGAGAUGUAAUUCAAAAUUUACGUUUUUGGAGAUUUCAUCAUGCAAUUAAUAAGCUUGAUAAGGAUAAUAUGUUCAGCCUAACAGAUGACUAAACUUCCAAAAAGUGUGGAAGAUAUGGGUCUUUCCAUCUGUCUUUUGGUAUACCAACUGUAUGAAUUGAUCAAACUUUGAUUGCAUUUUCCCACAAAAUUAAAAUUUUGAAAUAA